AAAGUCCUUAAAAUUAAAAUUUCUGCUCAUCAAUAAAUGAAUAAUCGGAUGGAGGAAAUACUGACAGGAGAGAAGAGUAAUAUCUCAAAUGAGUUCGUUGUUGGAUCUGUGCCGACCGUCUUUUACAUUCCUGAGUACGUCACCGCUGCUGAAGAAGAGCAGCUCUUGAACAACAUUUACCAAGCUCCCGUUUCUAAGUGGAAAUCUUUGAUGAAUAGGAGACUACAGAAUUGGGGAGGUGUUGUGCACGAGAAAGGACUUCUUGCCCAGCAGUUGCCUCAUUGGCUAACGAAAGUCACUAGUAGGAUAUUCGAGGAGUCGAAGUUGUUUCCAUCAGCUAUUAACCAUGUGCUUAUUAAUGAAUAUUUACCUCACCAAGGAAUUAUGGUCAUGCUUUAUAUCGGAAAUGUGUUGUUUGUCUCAAUAAUUCUUUCAGAUCUUGUCGAGAUGGAUAGUUCUAUCUUUAUGCCACACCAAGACGGACCAGCUUAUGUGCCGGUAGUUGCAAUCCUCUCACUUGGAUCACCUGCUGUUAUGAACUUUGUCCCUCACCCUAGGUUUGAAAAGGCAGCACAGAACAAUAGUGAAGACAUUAUAAUAUCUGAUGAUGUGCCCAUGGAUAUAAGUUCUGGUGAGCGGUUGAGUGAAUACGUUCCAUUUUCUGUGGUGCUGAUGCCUCGCAGCUUGCUGAUAUUCAAAGACAAUGCUUAUUCGGAUUACUUGCAUGGCAUAAAAGAUUCUGUGGAGCACCAAUGUGAUGAGGCUGUAAACAUUACCACACUUAAGAAAUGUGAUGACCUAGCAUGUACCCAUACAAGCUCGAUAAAUGAUGGAGAAGCUAGAGGUGAGGCUGUUAUUCACAGGACGGGCACAAGAGUUUCUCUUACAUGUCGGGUAGUGACAAAAUUAACAAGCGCAUGGAAGUGUUUAGGUAUAGGGAGCCGGCAAUGGGAGAUUGUUCACAAUUCCACAGAGCUGCUGAGUGGGAGGAAGAUUGUAUUCAUCCCUAAGCGACCUGGCCGGGGACAGCACGCUCACAUACAACUGCUGGCCCAGGUAAGUCCUCUCCCACAUCUCCGACCUCAAGUUCCAAAGCCCCGCAUUGUCGAGCGUCGUCAUCACAGCUGCCCACGAGUUCGGGUACACCUGGAUCGUGUGCCUGCUCACGGCAUCCAGCAAGUUGUAGUUCUUCCUCUUCUCUGGGCUCCACUUCCCUGGCUCGAUAGCCACGGCGAAGAACGAGUACCCGUCCAGGUUCCACGUCUGGAUGCUUCUCUCACUGUUCUCAAAGAUUAUCUCGACAAAGUUCCUGAAUGUAGCGUUCACCACGCUCGGCGCCACCACCAGCUGCUGCGAAGUCUCGCUCGCGUCGUCCUUCACGAGCCCGUACUCGAACACCUUGUCGGCCACUCCGAAGUACUCCGCCAGCUUGAGCGGCGUCUCGGUGUUGACGUGGGAAACCCCGUUGAUCCCGAACCUGAGCUUCCCGCCGACUGUCGCCCGCGUGUUGGCGAUUUUAAUAGUCCGGGUGAUGUUGAUCUGCCCGUAGUGGUACGAGCCCUGCGGAUUGGGACGGGCGGCGCUGGCCGUCAGGUUCCACCUGAACGACCGGAACUGGUUCAUGGACCACGCGAUGCCCUUCCUCUCGCUCUCGGGAGGCGGCGGCGGGAGCUCGGCGGCCGCCGGGGCCGAGGCCCCGGCGUACCGGACGACGGCCACGGCGCUGAGCGGCUUCUUCAGGAAGCGGCUGGAGACGACGAAGUAGUAGUCGCUGACGGCCUGGUCGGCGGUGACGAGGACGGACAGGCACUGUCCGACGUGGAGGUCGAGCGAGUCGUAAACGUUCUGCACAGUGUGCGACCCUUCCAUCUCGACCAGGGUCAUCGGGUGGCCCUGGAAGCGGAAGUUGACCGAGACGUGCAUCCCGGCGUUGCAGACGCGGAAGCGGUAGGUUUUUCCCGGCUCGAGCGUCGCGAGGGGCUCGGCGACUACGUCGCCGACCUUGUUCGACUUGCCGUUGAUGUGGAUGCCGUCCGGGCGGCCGAUGGAGCGUCCGGAGUCGAGGAUGGAUUUGAGGGCCUUGUGGCCCUUGUUGUACCAGUCGCCGAGGACGACGGCGAACUCGUCGGCCGGGCGGUCGAAGGGGACGGGGAUGAGGUCGCGGCUGUGGACUUGGAGGACGCCGAUGCCGCCGGCCGCGCGUUGGAGGCCGGUGGUGGGGAAGUAGAGGUAGCUGCCGAUCUGGUCCUUCACCUGUGUCAGAAUGUGGGAAAAAAUAUUUCAUGUGUAGUUGGUGCCGGGGAGGAUGGGGCACAUGGUGCCGGGGGUGCCGUCCUGCCACGAGUUCUUGCGCUGCUGAAUGCCGGCCCAUGUGAGGAGGAAGGGCUCGUCGAGAUGGUUGAACACGUUCACGACGAUGUUGUUGUUGGAGGUGCAGUUGAUCUUAGGGCCCGGGAACUGGCCGUUGAUGAGGAUGCCCUGUUGGGGGACGCCGAGAGGGGAGAUGGUGCCGUAGGUCACUUUCCAUUCGUAGAAAAGGUAAGGGUCCUCGGCGGUGAUGCAGGCGGCCAGGCAGACGAGGACGGUUAUAGAGAUGAGGCGCUUGCUACAACCCAUGACAAACAUUUUGAUUGAUUUGAUUUGAUUUGAUGCCUCCCUCUUUUUUGUUUUUUAUUUAUUUUUUUCUUCUUUUUUGGGUUUUUUUAUUUUUCUUGCCAAGAAGAAGAUGCUGUUAUGGGAUUUUUGCCUUCUUCUGGCAGUUAUUACAUUUGGGAAAAAAGAAAAAUACUUGUGUAUGUGGUGUUUUUUGGAAGAGGGAUGGUGGGGAGUUUUAUAGUGGUCUUCUUCGUCUCGAUGCCAUUAAUUUCAUUUCCUGUUUUUGUCAAAGAUUAUUUUCCCGCCGCUAGAAUUCCUAACUAAACUCUCUUCCCUGUUUUUUUUUUCUAAAAAAAAUUACCGUGUGAAGCCUUUCAUUUCCCCAUAACCAUGAAUCAGAUUCAUGUCC